GCUGUCACAUUAUUGUCCGCUGCCCAGCAUGUGGUUCAAAGCGAUCUCACAUUCCUGAACGUAGCAUUUAUCUUUGUUACAUCCACAGAGCGUCGGGUUUCGACAGGCGGACAGAAGCCUCACACACGCACACAUCCACACAGCACAAUAUGGGGCAGUGAUGGCCGACUCGAACUGCUACAUCGUGCACGAGAUCUACAAUGGAGAGAGUGCACAGGACCAGUUUGAGUAUGAGCUGGAGCAGGCGCUGGAGGCCCAGUGCAAAUACAUCGUCAUCGAGCCCACGCGGAUGGGCGACGAGACGGCCCGUUGGAUCACGGUGGGGAACUGCCUGCACAAGACGGCUGUACUGUCGGGCACGGUGUGCCUCCUGACGCCGCUCUCGCUGCCCAUCGAGUACUCGCGCUACGUGGCGCUGCCCGCCGGUGCCCUCAGCGUGGCCUGUGCCGCGCUCUACGGCAUCUCAUGGCAGUUCGACCCCUGCUGCAAGUACCAGGUGGAAUACGACAGCCAAAAACUCUCACGGCUGCCCCUGCAUACGCUGACCUCGUCGACUCCCGUGGUUUUGGUACGCAGGGAUGACGUCCACAGAAAGAGACUCCAUAACACGAUAGCGCUGGCUGCUCUGGCGUACUGCGUCAAGAAGAUCUAUGAACUCUAUGCGAUAUGAGCGCGCUCUGAAGAGAAGUAAGAAAAAAAAAAACAUGAAAACAGAGGAAAAAAAAUCAACCAUAACAACAGAACCUGCAAGUGGGAGGCUCAGCCGUUAGCGCCACAUGUGGCAGGCACUUCCAUGUAAACUCUGAUCAGAGGGAUAUAGUUAAAACUAGAGAAGUUCUUUUCCCACGUGUUUCCUUUACUUCUAAGUGACGACAACACAUAGUCAUUUUGUGCCACCUCCCUUCUCCUCUCCACCUUUUCCCCCGACACACAACGAACAGGUUCACGCAAAAGGGAAUGGCUGCAGUUCCUCUGGACUGAAUCGCUUUGGAUUUGAAAUGGGACGAUGUGUUUUAUGUACCAGGCUCUUUUUUUCCUUUCCCUCGGAAGUUUUGCUGUACUCCUUUGUCGCUGAUCAUUACACCACAGUUUCAUUAAACAUUAGGAUAUUUCAAACUUACUUUUCUGUAUUUUUCCCCCCCCCCUUUUAAAUCGAUACCCUCCGAUGUCUGGAAAAGAGCGAGAAGCUGAUUCACUGACUGUCCUGCUACAGUGAACUGGUUUUAAUGAAUCAAAUUAAAAUCACACGAGAAGCUGAUACAGCUGUACUUAACAUUAAGGGGAGACACAAUGCAGACGCUGUUGAACGCUGUUGACGUUACACAGACCUGAAAAGCUGUAAACGGAAAACUAAAGGAUGCAUUCAGCUCAGAGGAACUAAACGGAA